AUGCCUUCACAAACCCAACUUAUAACUGCGAAGAGCAAGCCAGGGAAGCAGAAACUCGCUCCAGAGAAGGAGAGAUUCUUGCUGUGCUGCGGAGACAUUUCCUUGGAGCUUGUGGCAUCGCUAAAAAAUUCCAAAGAUAUCAAUUUGAAUGGUUUAAUCAUCAGAUAUGCAAAAAAAUACAAGUUAAAGCAACAACCACGGUUGACCGAUAUCAUUUCAUCCAUCCCAGAUCAAUAUAAAAAGUACUUGAUACCAAAACUCAAGGCAAAACCUGUCAGAACAGCAUCAGGAAUCGCCGUUGUGGCAGUGAUGUGCAAACCUCAUCGAUGCCCCCAUAUAGCAUAUACUGGUAAUAUUUGUGUUUAUUGCCCAGGUGGUCCUGAUUCGGACUUUGAAUAUUCUACUCAAUCGUAUACUGGAUACGAACCUACAUCGAUGCGUGCUAUUCGUGCAAGAUAUGAUCCAUAUGAACAAGCGCGAGGAAGAGUGGAACAGUUGAGACAAUUAGGACAUUCUAUUGAUAAAGUCGAGUACAUUAUCAUGGGAGGAACGUUCAUGUCUCUUCCCGUGGAUUACAGAGAAGGGUUCAUCACCCAAUUGCAUAAUGCUUUGACCGGCUAUAAUGGUCGCGAUAUCGAUGAGGCCAUCAAGUUUUCUCAACAAUCUCAAACAAAAUGUGUUGGUAUCACUAUAGAAACAAGACCCGAUUACUGUACAGAGACUCAUUUGAGUGAUAUGCUCAAGUAUGGAUGCACAAGACUUGAAAUCGGUGUACAAUCAGUAUACGAAGAUGUGGCUCGUGAUACCAAUCGAGGCCACACCGUGAAAGCCGUAUGCGAAACUUUUGCAGUUGCAAAGGAUGCUGGCUACAAGGUGGUUAGUCAUAUGAUGCCUGACUUGCCCAAUGUUGGUAUGGAGAGAGAUUUGGAACAAUUUAAAGAAUACUUUGAAAACCCAGAUUUCCGAACUGAUGGUUUGAAACUUUACCCAACCUUGGUGAUAAGAGGAACCGGAUUAUACGAACUUUGGAAGAAAGGUUUAUACAAAUCAUACAAUGCAAAUGCGUUGAUUGACUUGGUUGCAAGAAUCUUAGCGUUGGUUCCACCAUGGACAAGAAUCUAUCGAGUUCAGCGUGAUAUUCCUAUGCCGAUUGGUGACAUCUGGAGUUGA